AUGCGCUUAGAUGCUUUAUUGUGGUUUUCAUUGUUCACACUUGUGGCGUUGGUGACUUUAGCUUCAGCAUCGUUCGGGUGUCGAUGUGAUGGGGAUCUGACCACAAAGUUCGCUAUCAGUAAGCGUGGUCUGGAGAAAAAGUUGGCAUGUCGAUUGGAUUUAGAUCAUAUUGCACAAUGCGACGAUGUGGAAGCAGUUGACAGGGCAUGGCAAAAUUUUGAAGACGUAAACGACGAAUAUACACAAGCAAUCUCAGAAUGCAAGUUAUUACAGCAUAGAGGACCCAUGAGACGGCAACGACACCACCAGGUUGACGAUGACUGUGGUUGUGGAUUUCCGCCGAGACCUCUCGGGAACUCGGAGGUUGAGAGCUCAUUUCAUCGAAGGGUAAAACGGAGAAGUGAAUGCCCUUGCUCAAUGAAUUCAAUGCAUCACAGACAUAUUAUGCCGCAAAGAAAAUCUCCAGACGGAAGCGAUAAGGAUGAAAUGAUGAGAAUGCGACAUCAUCAAAUGCAUCGUCACAGAGGUUUACAUCAUCACGCUCAUCACCACAUGCUAGAUUCAGUCGAGAUCGAUGAAGAUGAAAGUUCCAAGACCAAAGGGAACCCAAAGAAAGUCAAAACUGAUCGAAAAGGACGUACUGGCAAAAAUCGCUCUCGGAACGUAACGCAAUCGAACGACUCACAAUCAGAUGAAACGCCGGAUUUACUCCCAGAUAACGAUACGGCGCUAAGUGAUGGUCGUUUCAAGCGUGAUAAAUCGCCACAUAUGCCUGAAAGGGGUAAGCACAGCCGGGCACACGUUCCCCACAGACAUCGUUCAAAGUCGAAAGGCGGUCGUCACAGACAACGUGGCAAUAAGAAAGGUGGUGGUGGAAAACAAGAUGCCCAGGUGGUGAAGAGACACGAUCAUGGAAGUAAUGAUGACAGAACGGAUCAGGAUGACGAAGACGAUCGUUCUAAAACUCAUUUUCUGCGUGUGCGCCGAGUUGCGAGAAGUUGUAUCGCGGAAGCUACUGAAGAAGUUGAUCGUCUCAAGGCCAAAUAUUCCGGACUUUGCGGUAGACAUCACAUGGACAGCGAAAGAGUCUGA